CUUUCAUGUUUACUCGCAGGUUUUUGCACUUUUACUGAAAUAGACACAUACAUAGUCAUUGCAUGGUUCCCACGUAAGAGAAAAUAUAUAUUCCCCUAACUCUUACCCUCAAAACCCACAUAAUAAAGACUCUGCAUUUUCACUAUAAAUUGCUGGUUUUAGUGCUCAUUUUCUCUUCAUUACAUUCUGCCUUCCUUCUUUUAUUUUCCUUCUUGGAGCCAUGGACCCAAAACAGCAGUCUGCUGUCAGAGAUGAAUCCUCAGUUUCCAUGAAUGAAUCCGAGGAAGGGAAAAAGAGACUUUUGGAUUGUUGUACAAAAGAUGGAUCAACAGACAGGCAUGGGAAACCAGCAAUCAAGGCAAAAACUGGUGGAUGGAAAACUGGAGCUCUUUUAUUAGUCAGUGAAGGAUUGGCUGCAGUUGCAUUUACUGGAGUGGAAGUGAACAUGGUUCUUUUCUCAAAGACUGUCUUAAGGCAGUCAAAUGCUGAAGCAGCAAACAUGUUCAGCAAAUGGAUGGGAACUCUUUAUAUUUUCUCUUUGCUUGGAGCUUUUCUAAGUGAUUCCUACUUUGGAAGAUACCUCACUUGCAUUGUUUUUCUAGCUGUUAUGAAUGUUGGUUUGGUGGUAUUGUCUCUGUUAACUCAAGCAUUUAUGCUUGAACCUGAAGGUUGUGGCAAGUUGGGAGAGCUUUGUAAACCACAAUCACAAGUCGAGGUUGCCAUGUUCUAUUUAUCGAUAUACUUACUAGCUCUUGGGAGUGGCUCUAUAGAACCAGCACUUGCCACACUUGGAGCUGAUCAAUUUGAUGAAGAGGAUCCAGAAGAAAGUCGUUCCAAGACGAAAUUCUUUAGCUACUUCUAUGUUGCUCUAAAUCUUGGAUCAUUGGUUGCAGAGACACUUCUGGUUUAUAUGGAAGACAUGGGAAGAUGGGUACUUGCCUUUUGGAUAUCUACAGCUUGUGGCUUUGUUGCUUUGCUCUCAAUCAUUAGUGGCGCCCCUAGGUACCGCCAUAUUAGACCUUGUUGCAACCCCAUCUCCAGGUUCUCUCAGGUAAUCAUCGCUUCUAUUAGGAAAAUAAAGCUUACUGUUCCUUCACAUGGAGAGGGGUUGUAUGAAGCACGAAGCAGAAAUGAAAAAGACAGCACCAGAAGAAUCUCUCAUACAGAUGACUUCAAGUUUCUUGAUCGAGCUGCAGUUGUAACCCCAUCAGACAUGCUUAUAUUACCUGAUAAAAGUGAAACUCAUAACCAAUGGAGGCUAUGUACUGUGACACAAGUUGAAGAAGUGAAAUGUGUGCUAAGACUACUUCCAAUAUGGUUUUGCACAAUAUUGGCAUCCAUUGUCUUUGUGCAAGUGCUUUCUCUCUUCGUCGAGCAAGGAUCUGCAAUGAACACAAGCACAAUGAUCUCGGGGUUUCACAUUCCACCAGCAAGCAUGACAUCAUUUGACAUCAUAAGCACAUCCACCUUCAUCAUUUGCUAUGAGAAGAUCAUAAUUCCUCUGUAUGUGAAACUAACCAAAAGUAAGCCAAAGCUCCCGAGUGAGCUUCAAAGGAUAGGGAUUGGACUUGUCAUUUCAACAGUAGCUAUGGUGAUUGCAGGUUUGGUUGAGCAACACAGACUAAGGUUUGCUAAUGAAGGAGGGGAAGAGACAAGUUCCUUGAGUAUUUUCUGGCAAACUCCACAAUAUGUGCUUGUCGGAGUAGGGGAAGCAUUCAUCUAUGUUGCUCAGUGGGAAUUUUUUGCAUCACAAAUUCCCGAUAAUCUGAAGAGCAUGGGGCUUGGGUUGUCCAUGUCUUCCUCAGCACUAGGUAGCUACUUGUGCAGCAUUAUAUUUAGUGUGGUGAUGAAGAUCACAACAAGGCAUGGAAAGCCAGGUUGGAUACCUGCGAAUUUAAACAACGGGCACUUGGAUAGGUUUUUCUUCCUUUCAGCUGCUUUGACUGCACUAGAUCUUGUACUAUUUGUUGUGUGCGCUAAAAGGUAUAAGUCUAUAGCACUAGAAAAAAGAGAGAUAGGACAAGAGAUGGAAGCUACAGCUUGAACUAAUCAAAAUUGUAACAACUCCACAACAAUUGUUCUAUUGUUUAGGAAGAAACACAAAAUGAAGUAGAGCAUUGUGGAGCCUUACUCAAGAGGAAAGAAGAAAAUUAAAUAGAAACCAAAAGAAAGCAUGCUUAAUUAGAUACUGAAUGUGUUGUGUUUUGUGACAAUCUUGGUAUUGACAAAAACCUCCUUGCAAUCUUGGUUUUGUUGUAAUGCUUCAUAUAUAGGAUCAUGUUAAUGAUAGAACAGUCAUGUUUUCAUGUUUCGGUAGAGUCCACUCUCAACUCACGGUAACAAGGCUUAAAAUCUUUUGAACAUUAGAACAGGCACUCAUUCUACUGACUUCCAGUUGCAGGUCUUUAGCAAUAGUUUUGUAUCAUUGUCAUACCUAUGUCACGUUAAUGACUUUCAAAAAGCUAUUUUAGGGACUGCAGUUUUCCUUCAUAAAUGUUUGCUUGUGGUUACAGAGUAAACUGAAGAGCAUGCAGAUUUGGACAAUAUUCAGACUAAGCUAUAACACAUAUUACUGUGUCAACCAGUUAAA